UAUAUUCAUUCAUGUCCUGUCGAUUAGAAAAGACAGAAAUGAUUAUUCUCCAGAAGAUUGUAUCUUCAUUUAUUCUUCUUCUACCGAUUCUUGCCGAUGAUUUUGGAGGUUUUGGGCCCGACGAUCCACUGAGAGGAUUCGAAUUUGGCGCUGUUACGGAUUCCAAACUUGAGAAUGAAACAGAUAUCUCUCCCAUAGGAUUAAAGGAUAUUGUUAUUGUAGUCAGAAGUCAACAUAAUGCAUUUCAUGUCAGAAGAGCAAAAUCUCUAAGACAGACCUUGGAAGAGCAAGCAGAAAUGAUGGGAGAAAAGGAUCACUUAGAACUAAAAAUGAUGCAUGAGGAUUGGGCACCAUUUGGUGCUUGGACUAUUCUUCCAAUCAUAAAUAGAAUUGUUGAAGAUUAUGGUGAUAAUAAGAGAUGGAUAUUUUUCUGUGAGGAUGAAACCACCAUCAAGCUAUCGGGACUUGUUCAAGUCUUAAAUAAAUAUGAUGAAAGACAGGAGAUGUUUCUUGGACAUGCCAUCCAAGAUAAACAGCCUGCAAUUAUUCAUCACUUUGCCUUCCAUCAGGAUCCAUCACAGUUCUCUUUUCCUGACUUUGCAGCUGGAUGGGCUUUGUCUGUGCAACUACUAAACAGAAUGGGAAAAAGACUUCAAGCUGAACCCCCAAGUUCUGACUUUACCAUAGAUGUACAACACGAGGUGGCAAUGUUCAUUCGUGACGAGGGCCGAGGCACGCUGCUCACAGAUGUCCCCGAGUUCUGCACAAGCGAACCAAUGGACAAACAGGAAUGUGUGACGUCUCUGAAAACUGGGGGCCCUGACUGUGGUGAGCCGCUAUCUGUGGACCAAAUAUUUUUCGCUGUCAAGACUACAAAGAAAUACCACGAGGACAGAGUGCCCAUUGUGCAGAAGACGGUCGGAAAGCACGCCAAACACAUCGUGUACUACAGCGAGACAGAAGAUCCCUCAAUACCAACAGAGAACAUUGGGGUACCUAACACUGAGAGAGGACACUGUGCUAAGUUGGAGGCCAUCAUCAAUAGAUCAGUCACAGACCCUAGGGCAGCGAACAAACCCUGGCUUGUUAUUCUCGAUGAUGAUACGAUAAUGAGCGUACCUCGACUGCAAAAGUUGUUAGCGUGCUAUGAUUCAAAGGAGCCAACCCUGUUGGGUGAGCGGUACGGCUAUGGACUAACGGGGGGAUUUGGGUACGAGUAUAUCACUGGUGGAGGAAGUAUGAUUCUAAGCCGCACGGGUAUCGAAGCUUUGCUAAGCAGUGGAUGUAGUUGUUGGGAACCAGACUCUCCUGACGACAUGUGGCUGGGAAAUUGUUUCCGGAGACUUGGAGUUCCUCUGACGCACUCGUCAGCUUUUCACCAAGCCAAGCCAAAUGAGUACGUACCUUCACUGCUAGAACACCAGACGCCUGUCUCAUUCCACAAACAUCAUGAUUUAGAUCCACUUUCCGUUUACGAAGAAUAUCUCAGUUGAUGGCAAAUGCUCUAAGAAAAUGGUUUUGUUGAGUUAUGGAUAUAUUUUGACAUUAAGUGUAUUUGUUUGACAAACUGGAACUCCAUAUUUCGAACGAGGACAUUGACAAGGAAAAUGCGGUCUUCAUUUAAACAAUUGCAAGUGAGUGUCAGAUUAAACUUUCAGUGAGAACUAUGUCAGGCAGGCAAUUGUCACAAGUGGAUUUUUGAGCGCAUUAAACGAACGACAUUUUUCUUAUAAUGUUCUGAUGACAUAUUGACACAAAGUAAAAUUAUAUUUCAAGGUAAUAAAAAGAUGCAACAUUUGGAUUCUUUGCACUA